AUGGCACCCAAAGGACUCGCGAUCAUCAUCGGUGCAGGACCAACUUCCGGCGCAGGGAUCGCUCGCAUUCUAGCCAGCCCUCAACAUGGCAACUUGGCAGUUGCUCUACUUGCCAGAAACCCCGAAAACCUCCAGAAUCUUGCGGCCGAUCUACGCAAGUCUUCCGAAGGCAUUCUCCACCCUUUCCCCACAGACACUGAGCCUGAAAACCUCCGGCGGACCUUCCAGCAAAUCGCAGAUCAUGCCGAUUUCAAAGACCUUAAGUUAAAGCUCGCCAUAUACCACGUCAAGAAUGCUAGCAAGAAGCCAUUUCUCGAAGAAACGCCAGAGGCUUUCAAUGACAGCAUAAGCACCUUCACAACCGGAGGCGUUGUCUUUGCGCAAGAAGCGUUGAAGCUCAUGUACGCACAAAAUGGAGGGCAGACGCUGCUUUCCGACACCGAGGGUGCAAAGAAGGGUACAAUCAUCUUCACGGGCACUUUGGGAGCCAUGCGCACGAAUCAGCAAUACGCCGCCUAUGGCGCAUCUAGGGCGGCGGCGAGGAUGGUAGCGCAGGCUAUUGCGAAGGAGCACAGCAAAUUUGGUGUGCACGUGGUUCAUGCUAUUGCCAAUGGUGGAAUCAUCGAUGAAGAGAACGAGAACACCAAGACUGGCAAGCGGAUGCGCGCGGAAGAUGUUGGAGAGUUGUAUCUUUGGCUGUCGCAGCAGCCGAGCUCCCUCUGGACACACGAGUUGGAUAUGAGGCCAGCACAGGAGACUUUCUAA